AAAACACUCGAGAGGACAUUUGGAAGGAUUCCAACAGCUGAUGGUAUAGAAUUUUUAUAGGGGUGUCAGGUGAUUUUGGCGCAAUUGGAAGUAAGGUUAUGUUCCUGUCAUUGAAGAAUCUUCCCUCCCUGAUCGUCAAUAAAAUAAGUAUUACAACCGCCCAGAAAAUGUCACCGAUAAGUGCAGUAUUGAUUGACUUAAGUGGAACUCUUCAUGUGGAGGAUGAUCCGACUGAAAACGCAGUGGAAGCGCUCAAGAAACUCCGCACGCUUCCGGUGAAGAUUAGAUUCGUGACAAACACCACAAAAGAGUCGGGACAGACGCUGCAUCGUCGACUUGUGAGGAUUGGCUUCGAAUUGGAUCCCGAAGAGAUUUACAGCUCUCUCAGCGCAGCUUCGGAUUAUGUGAAGAAAAAUCAGCUGAAUCCCCUGUAUCUCCUCUCUCAGGACGCCCAGAAGGACUUCCCGCCGGUGGACAAAGAGAAAUUGGACUCUGUGGUGGUAGGAUUGGCUCCUGAGGAGUUUCACUACGAGCAACUGAACAGAGCUUUCAAUCUCCUGCGACCGGGUGUGGGGAAACCCCUGAUUGCAAUUCACGAAGGACGCUACUACAAGAGAUCUGACGGCUUGGCUCUCGGCCCGGGAUGUUUCGUCAAGGGCCUGGAGUUUGCCGCCUCCACUGAGGCUGUGGUCGUGGGAAAGCCCAACAAGUACUUCUUCCAGUCUGCGAUUCCUGAGAAUCUCCCUCCGGAGGAAUGUGUGAUGAUCGGCGAUGACGCCGUGGAUGACAUCCAGGGCGCCAUGAGUCUCGGAAUGCGGGGACUUCUCGUGAAGACUGGCAAAUACUUACCGGAUACAAAGUGUGAACCGAAACCAACGGCAACUCUGGACAACUUUUCCUCAGCUGUAAAUUGGAUUGAGACCAGUCUGAAGAGUCUCUAGAAGAGAGUAUUCGUCUUGUAUUGACCUAAAUUGUGAUUUCCUAAAAUUGUGUGAGUGUUUCUUGGAGUGUUUCUUAUGCGAUAUGUCUCAAAAGUAUUUAAAUAUAUAUGAUUUCUAUCAGCAAGAUUGGAUAAACCACCAUAUCAUUAAAAAUUCU